CUCCACAAACAUUCGGUCUACGCAUUCAGUCAGUACUCGAGCCAGUAUUGCUCAGGUCGCGCUGCUGAUGACACGUAAACGUGGUGUGACUAUUUAAUGAAACUUUGUGUCGGUUCGUGUCGAACGGUAAAGUGAUAGAUAGAGUGAAGAAUCAGAGUGUACAGUGAGUGGUUAUGUGGCGGCGAGUGAUAUGACAGCGUGUGCCGCCAGACGGACUCCGGCCGUCUUCAUGAGGAUACUGGUGACAAACCUGGCCCCGAGAUCAUGGUGGCUCCCGAUUCCGAGGCUCCUUCGAAUCCUCGGAUAACGAGUACCGUAAACGAGAGUCCCUCCGCCGCCGAGGCGCGCCACAGCACCGAUCUUUAUAUACGUACCAGCUGGGUGGACGCUGCCUUAGCACUCUCUGAACUCGAAAAGGGCAACAUCGAAGGAGGGCGGACCUCGCUGUGGAUCAGGGCCUGGCUCCAGGAACAGCUCUUCAUACUCGGGUGCUUUCUCCAGGGUGACGCCGGGAAAGUUCUUUUCGUCGCUAUCCUCGUGCUUUCCACUUUCUGCGUCGGUCUCAAGUCAGCACAAGUCCAUUCAAGAGUCGACCAACUUUGGGUCCAAGAGGGCGGCAGACUAGAAGCUGAACUGAAAUACACAGCACAAGCGCUUGGCGAAGCAGACUCAUCGACACAUCAGUUGAUUAUACAAACAGCCAAGGAUCCAGACGUCUCAUUGUUGCACGCGGGAGCUUUGCUUGACCACCUAAAGGUUGUGAAGAAAGCAAUAGGCAUCACGGUGCAUAUGUACGAUUUGGAGUGGAGGCUCAAAGAUCUCUGCUACAGUCCAAGCAUACCCGACUUCGAAGCUUAUCACAUUGAGAAGAUCUUCGACAACAUUAUACCUUGUGCCAUUAUCACACCACUUGAUUGUUUUUGGGAAGGCUCCAAAUUGCUUGGACCCGAAUACCCUAUUUUUGUUCCUGGUUUAGAAAAAAAUAAGUUCCAAUGGACGCAUUUGAAUCCUCAAGAGGUUGUAGAGGAGGUGAGGAAGUUGAAGUUCCAGUUUCCACUGAGUACAAUGGAGGCUUACAUGAAGCGAGCUGGCAUCACCUCCGCAUACAUGAAGAAGCCAUGCUUGAACCCGAAAGAUCGCGAUUGUCCUGUUUCCGCCCCCAACAAGAAAUCAGGCCAGACUCCAGAUAUAGCAGCGGAGCUGUCGCACGGUUGUUACGGUUUCGCAGCAGCUUAUAUGCACUGGCCACAACAGCUGAUCGUUGGCGGUGUCACCAGGAACAACACCUCGGCGCUGAGGAGCGCCCGCGCAUUGCAGAGCGUGGUGCAGCUGAUGGGCGCCAGAGAGAUGUUCGAAUACUGGGCCGACAAUUACAAAGUUCACCAUGUCGGAUGGACGCAAGACAAGGCCGCCGCCAUUCUCGAUGCUUGGCAAAGGAAAUUUGCAUCUGAGGUUCGACAAAUGACAGCAGCAGAAGAAGUCUCUUCCUCAUACAGUUUCUAUCCAUUCUCAACGUCCACAUUAAACGAUAUUCUAGGCAAAUUUUCUGAAUUGUCACUGAAGAACAUUAUCAUCGGCUAUAUGUUUAUGUUAAUUUAUGUUGCGGUAACUCUGAUGCAAUGGCGUGAUCCUGUUCGCUCGCAAGCCGGAGUCGGUAUCGCCGGUGUUUUACUUCUCUCCAUUACUGUCGCUGCAGGCUUAGGCUUUUGCGCUUUAUUAGGGAUUCCAUUCAACGCUUCGAGUACACAAAUCGUGCCUUUCUUAGCUUUGGGGUUAGGGGUCCAGGACAUGUUCCUCCUUACACACACGUACGUGGAACAAUCUGGUGACGUCCCCAGAGAAGAGAGGACAGGACUGGUGUUGAAGAAAAGCGGACUUAACGUACUGCUGGCUUCACUGUGCAAUGUCAUGGCGUUUUUGGCAGCAGCGCUCCUGCCUAUUCCUGCACUACGAGUUUUUAGCUUACAGGCCGCAAUACUUCUACUUUUCAACCUGGGCUCGAUGCUAUUGGUGUUUCCCGCUAUGAUCUCGUUGGAUCUUCGAAGAAGAUCGGCGGCGAGAGCCGACAUGUUAUUUUGUUUCAUGCCAGAGAAUCCGUUGCCCAAGAGGCCAAAAAACGUUCCAGAUCGGUCGACUAGAGGCAGCAGAUCAAAUAAGAGCACUUGGAAGGAUUCAACUAAACAACCAUUGGAUCCUGGUGUAUCGACGGACGAACCCAAAAAAGGGUGCUGUUUGAGUUUGUCGCUUACAAAGUGGGCGAAAAAUCAUUACGCGCCUUUUAUUAUGCGUCCUGCUGUUAAGGUUACGUCAGUACUAGCUUUGAUCAUAGUAAUUUUAGCCAGUAUUUGGGGUGCGACCAAAGUUAAAGACGGUCUGGAUCUUACGGAUAUAGUGCCGGAAAACACUGAUGAACACGAAUUCUUAUCGCGCCAGGAAAAAUAUUUUGGUUUCUAUAACAUGUACGCCGUCACUCAAGGAGACUUCGAAUAUCCCACCAAACAGAAACUGCUCUACGAAUACCACGAUCAAUUUGUAAGAAUACCAAAUAUCAUUAAAAAUGACAAUGGAGGCCUUACAAAGUUCUGGCUUAGCCUAUUCCGGGAUUGGUUACUCGAUUUGCAAGCAGCGUACGAUAAAGAGGUUGAAAGUGGGUGCAUAACAAAAGAAUAUUGGUGCAAAAAUGCUAGCGACGAGGGCAUAUUGGCUUACAAACUAAUGGUGCAGACGGGACACGUGGACAGCCCUAUUGACAAGUCACUUAUUACUACAGACACGAAAGAUGGCCACAGAUUGGUCGAUAAAGACGGUAUUAUAAAUCCAAAGGCAUUUUACAACUACCUAUCAGCUUGGGCUACAAAUGACCCUCUGGCGUAUGGAGCUUCACAAGGAAACUUGAAACCUCAACCGAAAAGAUGGACUCAUUCGCCAGAAGAUGUGGAUUUAAAGAUACCGAAGUCCUCGCCGCUUAUGUAUACACAGCUCCCUUUCUACUUAGCUGGUCUCAGCGAUACAGAGAGUAUAAAAACUCUGAUAAUGUCAGUGAGAGAGUUGUGUUUGAAAUUUGAAGCACUGGGACUGUCUAAUUUCCCGUCUGGUAUUCCUUUCCUAUUUUGGGAGCAGUAUUUGUAUUUGAGGACAUCGCUGCUCCUGGCUCUCGCUUGUGCUUUAGCUGCCGUAUUCGUGGCUGUUAUGAUCCUGCUAUUAAACGCGUGGGCAGCAUUGCUGGUGACGUUGUCGCUAGCGAUGUUAGUACUGCAGCUGCUCGGUACGAUGGCUCUGCUCGACGUCAAGCUGUCAGCCGUCCCUGCUGUGCUGCUGGUGCUCGCUAUCGGACGAGGAGUGCACUUCACUGUACAUUUAUGUUUGGCAUUUGUUACGUCAGUCGGUUGCAAGCGUCGCCGCGCAUCCCUCGCUGUCGAGUCAGUCCUGGCGCCCGUCGUCCACGGAGCGUUAGCCGCAGCGCUCGCCGCCUCAAUGCUGGCUACCAGUGAAUUCGGCUUCGUCGCUCGACUAUUCCUGAGAUUGCUACUAGCGCUAGUACUGUUGGGCCUCGUCGAUGGCCUCCUGUUCUUCCCUAUUAUGCUAUCCAUAUUUGGACCAUCCGCUGAGGUUCGUCCCUUAGAACAUCCCGAGCGCUUAUCAACACCAUCCCCGAAGAGUUCGCCGGUUCACCCACGAAAGUCGAGUUCGAGCACAAGUGGCGGAGACAAAUCAAGUCGCACCAACAAGUCCGCUCCACGACCCAGCGCUCCUUCGCUCACCACCAUCACAGAAGAGCCACCGAGCUGGCACAGCUCGGCUCCUUCUGUACAAUCUUCUAUGCAGUCAAUAGUGGUGCAACCAGAGGUUGUCGUAGAAACAACCACGUACAACGGCAGCGAUUCUAAUUCUGGGAGGUCGACUCCUACGACGAAGACGUCGUCACACCCUGGUGCUAUCACUACAAAGGUAACCGCUACGGCAAAUAUAAAAGUGGAAGUGGUCACACCGAGCGACAGAAAAUCUCGGCGCUCCUAUUACUACUACGACCGCCGCAGGGACCGCGAUGAUGACAGAGAGAGAGACCGCGAUCGAGACCGGGACCGGGACCGAGAUCGUGAACGAGACCGAGAUCGUGAACGAGACCGGGAUCGCGAUAGAGACAGAGAUAGGGAGAGAUCAAGAGAGCGCGACCGCAGGGACCGGUUUAGAGACGAGAGAGAACAUCGCGCGUCUCCGAGAGAAAAUGGACGCGAUUCUGGGCACGAGAGCGAUUCCUCCCGACAUUGACGUAUAACAGUGUCAUAUAUAUAGACUUUCAUAAGACAACUAUAUUGUUGACACGUUACUGUAUAUUAUCGUGCAGUACUUAUAUAAUUACAUAUCAUAUAAUGUUACGCUUGUAUGAAACAAAUGACAUCUUUACCUACAGUUAUAAGAGUGUCGUAGCUCUGAAUUGGGAACGUAAAACAUGUUUUAAGGAUCGCAAUACCAUUAAUGUUCAAUGCCUUAAGACAGUAUUACGGUAUAAUUUUAAGUUUAAUCUGCAGUUAAUUACGAUAAUAUUGGAGGCUAAAUAGAUUCAGUACAUAAUAGAAGUGCUAGUAUAAUUCUCGACCUAAUUAUGUAUUAUUUUUUAUACAGGAUGGUACUGAAAUCAUUCCAUAGAGCGUGGCACUAGCAUUUCUAUGUUGUUUCAGUAUGUUAAAUAAAAGAGACGUUGCAGCGUGUAAGUAUAUCUCGCGAGUUCUAACUGUAUUUACUGUAUAGACCAAAUAUCAUUUUAAGAACUUGAAUAAUUAUGUAUUUUAUUUUGUGUGUUCCUAUUUGAAAGACAUUUUCCACUUGUCUCCGAGUUCGCCUUGUUACAUUUUAUUUCACUAAAGACUGUGGUCAAAUUUUAUUAAUAAUUUAUCAUAUUAUUUAUUUUAUAUCUAUAAUUUUAUUAUUGUGACACCAGAGAGGUCUGUGGGAUAUCUCAGAGUUAUUGUACAAAUUAUUUAGGUAGGUGUAAUAUUAGUUAAGGCAUCUAUUUAUGAGAUUACAUAGAUUUGUAUACCUUUACUGUAUUGUUGUGAUCUUUAGGUAAACGUUAAGACUGCAUUUAACGAUCAAACCACAGUAUUCUGUGGCCGGGAAUCUAUAACAAUGCGGUGUACAAAGAUCAUGUGUGUACUGAAAGAUUUACUGACCUCAGUAGAUAAAAAUAACGAGUAACGUUGUGACGUUUUGUGCAAAGUACUUAUUAGAUUGUAUUAAUUUAUACGUAGGUACCUAUGUAUGUAACUUAAUGAUAUUUUGUAAAUAUAGCGUUAUUGUUAGUAUGACCGUACUGGUACGAGUACGAAGUGCCUGCCUCGGAGCAAUGGCAGUUUAAUACUUUUGUAUCGUUUAUUUUUAUACAAUUUUAACUGACAUAUUGUCGAAAAACUAGGCGAUAAUAGCAUUUAUAGAUUUCUAUGAAAUAAUGAAAUGAAAUUAACAUAUUUAUCAGAAUGUCCACCAAAUUAGUACAAAUAGCGUAACUGAAUGACUUUGAUUAAAUAUAACUGUGUAACUAUUAUUAAACUGAAAUACGCUUUCUAAAUGAACAAGUUAAACUGUCUACCGUAUUGAGAAAAUAAAACACUAUGUAUUUUA